UUUUCAACUGCAGAGCCAAAAAUCCACUAGUGUCAUGGCAGGGUGCGUGUGUGCUAUUUUGCUUGGCUUUGUUCAUUGCUUUGUAAUGGCCCUUGCUUACGUUUAUUUAUGUUGGUUAUGUUUUUUCAGCUUAGACAAGGAAACGGCAGCACCUGAUCACCUGAAAUCAAAUGAGCUGGCGAGCCUACAUUCUCUCAUGGCUGACUUGGCAAACACUCAGCUUACCAUGAAAAGGGAGUUCGAGGAGAGUAUGAAUUCGUUGAGGGUAGGGAUGAAUUCGUUGAGAGACUUAUUGUUAUCGAGAUUGGGUGAUAACGUCGAGAAUGUCAAGAAGGAGAGGAAAGAUGAUGUUGUUGAAGUAGUCAACAUUAGCAGCGACAACUCCUUCUCGCUGUCAGCAAGGAGUAAGCCAAAGAUGACAAGCACUGCCACCAAGAGAAAGGGAAAGGUUGUUUUGAAGUCUCCGGUUAGGGUACGAAGUCCUAUUCUGACCCGACAAGAUACCGAGAGGAGAGGUUCAGCAAAACAGGUGAUCGGACCCUUCAUCAGUACACAACAUGUAUCAAAAAGGGAUAAGCUUCUAAUCAGGCAUGCAUUCGAUCAGUCAAAGGACGCAAGUGAGGUGUUGGUCAAAUCUCCAUGGUUUCAUUUAAACCGUGCAGAGUUUAAGUUGCUAUUACCUGAAACAUGGUUGUCUACCCAGAUAAUGACUAUGUGCACAGACUUGUUAACCUUA